AUGGCAGCUUCACGCAAAAACACCGUCUUAACGAGACAUGAGAUAGGGAAACAGAUCGCAGACGGGAGACAUAUCGUUAUCUUUGAGGGCAGGGUGCUGAAGCUAGAUGCCUGGCUGCAAUUCCACCCUGGAGGUGAUAAAGCUAUCCAGCACAUGGUUGGCAGGGAUGCCACCGAUGAGAUGAAUGCGCUGCACUCUGCUGCCGCAAAAGAGCGGAUGAAGUCCUUUCAGAUUGGAAGAAUCGAGGGUGCCUGGGUGAACUUCCUUCCGCCGAUUCAGGGGGGAGAUUUCUCCAUAUUCAACACACAGGACUUGUCUGCCGUUGAAUCGGAUGAUAACUCGUCUGGUAACGGACAGUCAAUCCCACCGUCGCCGCUGUUCGAGCCUGCUGAUAAGAAAGAGUCGGGUCUGAGACGGCGAUGUUCGGCCUCUACAUCCAUAUCCUCUGUUGGAACUGCCUCCCCAGAAAAAAAAGACUCUGAAACGAGGCCUUUCUUCCUCGAUGCCAGAACACAGCAAGAGAUUACAUUCGACACGGCAAAAUACCCACCUAUCACUGCUGCCGAGCAAGAGCGCAUCGUGCAGAAGUACCGCCAGCUAUAUAAGCGCCUCCUAGAUGAAGGCUUGUUCAACUGCAAUUACUCAGCGUACCUGGUAGAAACGGCUCGCUAUCUACUACUCUUUGGGCUGUUCUUGUACUUCUUGCGUUGCGGUUGGUACGGUACCUCUGGUUUCUUCCUUGGAUGCACUUGGCACCAGCUGGUUUUCACCGUUCAUGAUGCUGGCCAUCUCGGUAUCACCCACGACUUCCACACCGAUACUGUGAUCGGGAUCAUCAUUGCGGAUUUCAUUGGCGGGCUAAGCGUUGGCUGGUGGAAGAGAAACCACAAUGUGCAUCACAUCGUCACCAAUUCGCCAGAACACGACCCUGACAUCGAGCAUAUGCCAUUCUUCGCCGUUUCACAUCGAUUGUUCGACAGUCUUCGAAGCUCAUACUAUGAGCGCAUUAUGGAAUACGACCUUGCCGCAAAGUUCCUCAUUCGUUUCCAGCAUCUCCUAUAUUACCCCAUUCUAUGUUUCGGCCGCUUUAAUUUGUACCGUCUUAGCUGGGAACACCUGAUUCGUGGCCAAGGCCCUCGUAAGGGUGCUGCCUGGUGGCAUCGUUGGCUCGAGAUUGCCGGCCAUAUCUUCUUCUGGACCUGGUUCGGCUAUGGGGUUUUAUACCGAAGCAUUCCUGACUGGCAAAACAGGGUCCUUUUCAUCAUGGUCAGCCAUAUGAUCACUGCACCACUACAUGUUCAAAUCACCCUGUCACAUUUUGCCAUGUCAACCUCCGACAUGGGCGUCCAUGAGUCGUUCCCACAGAAGAUGCUCAGAACUACUAUGGAUGUCGACUGCCCACAAUGGCUUGACUUCUUCCAUGGUGGCCUUCAGUUCCAGGCUGUGCACCACCUCUUCCCACGUCUACCUAGACACAACCUCCGCAGUGCUCAAAAACUGGUCAUUGAGUUCUGCGAGGAAACUAAGAUUCCGUAUGCCAUCUUCUCUUUCCUCGAUGGUAACAAAGAGGUUAUUGGGCGUUUGGCCGAUAUUGCCAAGCAGGCUCGCAUGUUAGCUGAGUGCCAGAAGUCAAUCGCCGAAAAAGGUGUAUUUUCGGAUCACCACCAUUGA